UCACGCAUGGUACAUUGCGUUACGUACUUACGUUGAGUGCGUGGUUCACAUCUUGAGUCUUGACUCUUGAGAGACAGUGUUGACAGUUGAGAAGGGACUUACCUAUGCUAUUGAGCUUUCAUACGUAAGCUAGUAUUGUUAAAUCAAAUAUACAUCUGGAAUAAAUGCAAUGGCGUCGGAGUUUGAUAAAGAUUUAGUAUACGAAGGUUGCAAUUUUCUAAGACAACGGCUCGUUCUAUCAUGUUUGAGUGGGAAAAAAGUUAAAAUAAAUAAUAUUCGAGCUAAAGAUGAAUGUCCCGGAGUUUGUGAGCAUGAAAUGAACCUCAUCAGACUGUUUGACCAGCUUUGCAAUGGGGCAAAGUUGGAGGUCAGUAGGUCUGGUACCAGCUUCACAUUUAUCCCUGGCAUCCUCAUUGGUGGAAGCAUCACACACACCUGUGAACCUUCAAGAGGGAUUGGGUAUUACCUUGAGCCGGUAAUGAUGUUGGCUCCGUUCUGCAAGCGUCCGAUUCAUCUCACCCUCAAAGGCAUCACAAAUUGCAAUGGUGAUGUCUCAGUAGAUCAGCUGCGCUACAGUCUAUUGCCGCUUCUAAGGAAGUUCCUACAGACAGACGAGGGCGUCUCGCUCGUUAUGGUCAAGAGAGGACUGCCUCCUUGCCCCUCUGGUGUAGUUGAGUUUACCUGUCCUGUCAGAAAAGAACUCAAACCAUUCGUGUGGACAGACCAGGGACAGGUGAAGAAGGUGCGCGGUAUGUGCUUCACACGACGCGUAGCGCCGGUCGUCGGCAACCGCAUGAUUGAUGUCGUCAAGAAAUACAUUCACAGAUACCUAACUGACGUCUACUUUGUGCUAGACAACGCCAAAGGCCCUUCUCCUGGUUUUGGAAUUUCUCUGAAUUGCAUUACAACCACGAGCACCAUCUUCACUGGUGAGGCUAUCACAUGUCAGGACGUGGAAACGGUUUCAACAAACCUCGAGGAGAGGUCAGACAGGCGCCUAAUGUCUCCCGAGGACGUAGGGGAGCUGGCGGUGUGUCAGCUGCUGCAGGAGAUCAAGAGGGGCGGUGUUGUCGACGGCUGCAGUCAGGCGGCGGCGCUGCUUUUCAUGGCGCUCACCCCCAGAGACGUCUCAAAGAUCCUCAUCGGACCUCUCACCACACAAUCUAUGUACAUGCUGCGCCACAUCCGCGACUUCCUUAAGGUCAAGUUCAAGAUGGAGCCCGAGCCUCGCGAUGAUGAACUGAGCGAUGAUGACGAUGAGGAAGAGAGAGGGAAUAAGCGAAGAAAAACUGGCUGCGAGAAACUGAUUCUCACUUGCGUGGGUUCUGGUUUCACGAACUUCAGCAAAGGUUCCAUUUAGAAGAAAAUAUGUUGAGCCCGGU